AUGGAGAAGUACGAGAAGGUUCUCCGUUUGGGCAGAGGAGGAGCAGCAGAGGUGUUUCUGAUGAGACACGUGGAGCUGAGGAGCCUGUUCGCUGUGAAGAGGAUCAAAGUGGAGAAGACCAGGACAGGCACUAGUGAGAGGGCUGUGCUCCAGGAGGCCGAGAUCAUCAGGAGGCUGCAGCACCCAAACGUUGUGCACUGCAGCGACGCCUUCGUGAACCCCGCAGACGGAUUCAUCUACAUUGUGAUGAGUUACUGUGAUGGAGGAACGCUGGACGACAAGGUGAAGGAGAGGAAACAGCAGGAGCUCUUCACAGAGGACACAGUGAUGGGCUGGUUCGUGCAGGUCGCCGUGGCUGUUUCCUACAUACACCAGGCCAGAAUACUGCACAGGGACAUCAAAACCUCCAAUGUGCUGCUGACGAAGCAAGGCGUGGUGAAGUUAGGGGACUUUGGCAUAUCCAGAGUCAUGACCAACACGGCUGACAUGGCGUCCACGUGCGUUGGGACGCCCAGCUACCUCAGUCCUGAGCUUUGUCAGGACGUCCCGUACAGCUGCAAGUCUGACAUCUGGGCUCUCGGGUGUCUCCUGUAUGAGAUCUGUGCUCUCAGGCCUCCAUUCGUAGCCACAAACCUCCUGAGUCUGUUCUACAAGAUCACCAGAGGGGAGUAUGAUCCUGUGCCAAACACGUUCUCACACAACAUUUCCUCUGUGAUCGAGGAAAUGCUCAGCCUCAAUCCAGAAAACAGGCCGACUGCUGCUUGUAUACUCAGUGGUGCUUAUGUGCAACAUCACCUGGAGUCGGUCAAAGAGAGACAGACAGAUUUCACUCCUGUGGUUGAUAUUAACAAUGAAGACAUUAACAAAAGACUGGGGUCAGAUGUUGUCAGUCAGUCACGGGAGGAGAGAAGUGAUGCGGAGAAGGAGGAGGAUGCUGUGAAUGCUGGUGAACAGAGCAGCUGCUACUAUCCUGAGGACUUUGAGGAAGAUGGAAGUUUUUGCAGUGAACACUCGGGAAGCGAGUCUGUCGUGUUUCCAGAAGCUUCGGAACAAGUUGAAUAUCCGGAUGACUUUGAAGAAGACGAGGAAAAGGAAGACCACGAUGCAGACUUUGUCCACACUGCAGCUCCUCAGCAGCCACACGACGACACGCUGGUGGAGGAAUUUCAGCUCUGCGAUGCCGGAGGACUGACCAUCACGCUGAAAGCCUGGAAGGAAAAGGGCUGA